UCAAACAACCUUUCUCUUUCUGUUUAACGGCUGCUGUUUUGCUUAUCAACACUUGGAAUAUAAAGUCGCAUUUCAAUCGUCCUCCAGGCCAGCGCGAAUAAGAACUCCAUCAACUUAACCACCUACAUUUCACAGAAAAGCUAAUAUCAAAAUGACAACCUACUUCAGUUAUCCCUCCGAAGAAUUGCAAAAAGAACUGAGCCGCAUUGCCCAAGCCAUUGUGGCCCCUGGCAAAGGCAUUCUUGCUGCCGAUGAAUCUGUUUCGACCAUGGGAAAACGUUUGAAGGACAUCGGAGUUGAAAAUACCGAAGAUAAUCGCCGCCAAUACCGCCAGUUGCUGUUCACAACUGACCCCAAAGUGUCUGAAAACAUCUCAGGUGUUAUUUUGUUCCAUGAAACUUUGUACCAAAAAGCCGACGAUGGUACUCCCUUCGUGGAAUUGCUUAAAAAGCGUGGCAUUAUUCCUGGUAUCAAAGUUGAUAAGGGCGUAGUGCCAUUGAUGGGUUCGGAAGAUGAGUGCACAACUCAAGGUUUGGACGAUUUGGCCUGUCGUUGCGCUCAAUAUAAGAAGGACGGAUGUGAUUUCGCAAAAUGGCGUUGUGUUUUGAAAAUUGGCAAAAAUACGCCAUCUUACCAAUCCAUCUUAGAAAACGCCAACGUUUUGGCCCGUUAUGCCUCCAUCUGUCAAUCCCAAGGCAUAGUACCAAUUGUCGAGCCUGAAGUUUUGCCUGAUGGGGAUCAUGAUUUGGAGCGCGCCCAAAAAGUGACUGAAACUGUUUUAGCUGCUUGCUAUAAGGCAUUGAAUGACCAUCAUGUUUUCCUGGAAGGGACCCUGUUGAAACCAAACAUGGUAACUGCUGGACAAUCUUGUCCCAAGAAGUACACCCCAGAACAGGUUGCCCAUGCUACAGUAACAGCAUUGCGCAGAACUGUUCCUGCCGCCGUUCCUGGCAUCACUUUCCUAUCUGGCGGUCAAUCCGAGGAAGAAGCUUCCGUUCAUUUGAAUGCUAUUAACAACGUUCCUCUUUUGAAACCCUGGGCGCUUACCUUUUCUUACGGCCGUGCUUUGCAAGCUUCUGUACUCCGUGCUUGGGGUGGUAAGAAGGAAAACGUUGCUGCUGGUCAAAACGAACUACUCAAGCGUGCCAAGGCCAAUGCACUUGCCUGUCAAGGCAAAUAUCAAGCUGGCUCAAUUCCUUCGUUCGCUGCAAAUGCAAGUUUAUUUGGUAAUGGUGAAGCAGCCGUUGGCAAAUACGUUGCUGGUAGCGUUGUUGGUGCUGGUGCCGAUGCUACACUGUUCGUGGCUAACCACGCUUAUUGAACGAAGCUCCUGCUAUGGAUUCACAAACGUUUGGAAGUUAAUUGUUUGGCAAUUUAUUAAUAUAUCAAUUAAGUAACACAUACAUACACUCUAGGUUAUUUUUUAUUUUGAUGGAGUCAAAAUGCAAUAGUAAUAAAAUAGACGAAGUUAAGAAAUAAACCAUACAACAUCUCGCGCAACACAUUAUAUGUUAUAGCUUAAAUGUUAAGAGUAAAAACAAAGUUAUAUUGAAUGUAGAGAGACAGUCAGUCAUUUAAUUUAUGUACCACCAUUAUAUUGUUUUUAUUAAAUCCUCAACAAUAAAUGAUGGAUGUAGGCAUAAUUUUAAAAAUUGUUGUACAAUAUCGUUAAAAAAAUAAAGUAUUGAUUUGGUAAAGAGAA